AUGGCGAAGUUUGCCACUGUGGACUGCUUGCACAUGGUAUGGGGCAAGGAUAAAGUGCUUCAAGGUCGCCUGGAAGAUGGAGGACGGAUUGUCAAGGCGGUUGAAGGAGACUCGUUUGUGAAAGCGAGUGAGGAUAACUGCAUUGAGAAUCGUGCCCUCCUGGAAUCUUACAUGGUGCGACAAAGGGGUUGCCGUUCUUUGGACAUUCCUGACUUGGAGUCUUUUAAGGCCCAGCUGUUGUCCUUGCACACGGUAUUUGCCAUGAACAGGGCUAAGGUGAGCGGCUCUAAGAGGCCGAGGGCCUUGAUGGAGGCUACUUUGGAGAUGGUGCAGGCGAAUGCACACUUGGAUGGCAAAGCUUUGAAGCGACUCCUCUCCUAUGCCCGCAGACGGUUCCUUUCCCCUCACGAGCCCAAAGACCCCUGGAUGCACAGUUCAAUUUAUGUGAGCCCGGAGAAUCCGGACUUCGCCGACUUGUUGGAGCUUUGGGGUGAAAAGGAGCUUUACGAGAAGAGUGGCAAAAAGAGCCGCUGGGAACAGGUGGAGGAUGCAGAUGAGAGAGCCGGGGAUCAAGAUGCUUUCGACGAGUAUGCACGAGAGUGUUCAGAGGAUGCAGAAGAAGAAGAUGCAGAAUUUGAUCCUUUGCUGGAGGUGCCCCCACUCCCGGCACCUGUUCUCGCUGAACCCGUGCUGGACAUGCCAAUCCCGCCCCCAGUCCUUGAACCCGUGCUGGACAUGCCUCCCACCGCCUCAGUUCUUGUUAAAGGGAAGCCUCUGGUGCAUGCUAACAGCUCGUCUUCGGUUUGCUCGGAUGCCACUACUAUGAUUUUGGGGCAGACCCCAAAGACGCCGCAGCCAAGGGGAAUCGUGCCCACACAGGUGCCAUCGACCCAGCUAACACCAUCCCCGCCGAGUUUGCCUAGUCAGGUGCUUUACAAGGAAGUGCUUUAUGUGGCCGACAGCCCCCGCAGAAUGGUUAAAGCCGAGCCGAAGGAAAACAAUGAUGAUGCUGAAGAUGGAUUGAAGAAACAGGCUUUGCUAUCGGAGCUGGCAAGUCUUCAGGCUGCACAGCAAGCUUUGCUGUCAGCAGGGGCAAAGCUGGCAAGCGAGCCGGCUCCAACAGAGCUGGAAACCACGGAGGCCGAAGCAACAGUGGACAACACCACGGCUUUGGACAAGGAGGCCGACCGGUUGGCACGCCUUAACUCCGUGGGUGCUUUGGUUGAGAGUGCUGUCACUCGUGAACAGCAAUUGGAUGCUCGCAAGAAUCGGAAGGCAAAGCAGGAAGCAGCCAAGGCUGCUGCCAAGGCUCGUAAGGCUGGGCAAGCCAAUGAUGGCGAACUCGUUGUUGGUGCUGGUGGGGAUGGGGCUGGGGAGCCAGCUUCGAAAAAGCGCCGAACAGCUGCCAAAAGCAAGGCUAAGGCGAAGUGCAGAAAGCAGGGCCCUCCUGAAGUCCCCGCAGAAGCUGGGGCUCUGGUUGAAGCCCCCGCUGAGGCUGAGGAUCCGAUUGAAGCUCCCGCUGAGGCUGAGGAUCGUGCUGAAGUUGCCCUUCCUGAGCCUAAGAAGGGCAGGGGAAAGGGUGGUCAGGGCAGGGGUCGUGGGAAGAAGGCGGCCAGGAAGCCGAAGUCUGGAAAAGGGAAGGGCAAAGGAACCAAGGACCAGAAAAAGGGCAAGGGGAAAAACAAGGACUCUGAGGAAGCCCCCGCUCCGGAGAGGAGGGUUUCUUCGAAGAGAGCUCCGAAAAGCAAGGCUGCCAAGCCGAAGUCCGCCCUCGACUUGGAGGAGGCCAUCAGGAAGAUCGUGGUUUCUACGAAUGGGACCCUGCAGCAUUAUGUUGUCAUGGUCUACUGGACUCGUCCCGGUGUGGGUAUCAAGCAGCUGUCAGAUGGCAAGCAGGUUCAGUAUUUGGGCGGCAAAGGCAUCGGCAUUUCAAUCCUUUUGAAUGCUGCCAUCGACUGUGCCCGGCUCAUGGAUGCUGACCCGACGGACAUCAAGGGCCACAACCAGUAUUGCUACAAGCGAAAGCAAGAGCUCAAGCAGUGUGGGAGAGUGUUUCCUGGCACGCCUGCCAUGGGUGAGCGAUGGACACACGAUGUGACAGCCUGUUGGGAUGCAUCACCGGGAAUCCUCUACAGCACCUCCCUGCAGUACUCCAAGGACAUGGCGAACCAGCAGCCCGGCGAAGUUGUGGAGGAGAUCAAGAAGUGGCUCUCCGAGAGGGAGUUGGAGUCCUUGGGAUACAACAAGAACCAAAUCCGCGAUAUCUUCGAGAAUGCACCGAUGAAGCUGCACCCACAGAAUCCGGAUGUGGUACUGUGCCUUGUGAGUACGGGCAAGUUUGUGGUUCAGCAUAGUGUCUUGCGAGAGCAGCACAUGGCACCGUAUAGCCUCGCAGGUGACUCCCAAGAAUCUGGAGCCCAUGUUCGCAGACACCUUGGUGACUACGCCGAGCCCGAGCCCUACUUCCUCGCCGGUGGCUAUGGCUACGGUUCGGGGCAGAUUAAGGAGCACAACUUUCAUCCGGGCCCUGUCAAGACGGAGAGACCGGGUGCCGAUGAUGCUGACGAGCUCAUGCAAUUGCAACGGGAGCAGUUGCUGCUUCAGAAGAAGCAGGCAGAGUUGCAUAAGAAGUUGCAAAAGCUUCAGGCCGAGAAGCCAGCUGCCACUCCGCCUCCAAAGACCGCAGCUCCUGCCGCAGCACCAGAUGCCUCAGAGAACGGAUCUGAACGUGAAGACGACGAUGGUGCCGGCGAUGAUGGUGAUUGGGACUUCGGUCCUGUGGUGUGCCCCAAGACGGGGAAGGCAAAUCAGCAGCAUGCGGCCUACGCAGCUUACAAAGACCUGUCUCGACGAAAAGAGCUUGGGCGCCUAACGGUGGAAUCGGGCUUCAACGAGAAGAAGUUCGCUAUUGCGACACAGACGAUCGUGACGAAGGAAAAGGAAAAGUCCUUGAAAAUCGAGGCCGGAUGGUACACGGAGCAGGAGAUGAAGGACAAGCUGGGCUACGAUCAGAAGACAAUCAAAAAGAUUGUGGACUACACUUGCAAGAACCCCACAGUGCUGCAGCGGAAAUGGAAGUAUGAUGAAUCCAUCGUGCAACAUUGGGUGGAAACCCAGUGGUCGGGACAGAUCGUCAAGAAAGACAACGAGAAAAACAUUCACGAAGAAGCUGCUAAAGAAGCCUCCGAAAUGGCCCAGGCUGACUUAUCUUUCGAGGCGGGCAACGACGCCCUGGGCCGGAGCUCCGGUUCCGCCGAUGCCAAUGAACCUCGGGCUACCCUGGAACGGGCAUGGUCGGAGAUGCUGCAAAAGGUUCACAAGCUUCGGGAAAGUGCUCUUGUGCUGCAAGGGGUUGAGACUAUGACUGAAGUCAUGAAGAGGCACGCCGCUGGAUUGAUGAAGCAUGCCGAUUCCAUGGAGCAGCACUACGACAAGAUGUCUAUAUUGAAGGCUACCGCCUCCAUCCAUGUUUCCGAGAAGCUGAAGGACGAGAUCAGCAUGGCUGUGGACACCGCUUCCAUUCUGAAUCUUGGCUACAACUAUAAUCGUGGUUCUGUCGCACUCAGCAUGGCAUGUCCUUAUGCUGCACCGAAAGUGCACUGGAAGCAUCACAAGUACUUCACUGCUGAGAUCCUUGCAUUGCCCCGGCUACAUACCUUAUGGCAUCGAAUACUGUCACAAAAUGAUAUCCUGAAGAUUGCCCUCCCGGACACCUCGAUGCCCAAGUCGCCUGGUGCGAUUUUUCGCUCCGCAGAAGAGAUGAUGGAGGUCGUUCUCACUGGUGUUUCGGUGACCUACAAGAUCGGUUUCACUCAUGAUCCGUGUGAAAGAGUGCAGGCUUACCUGCAGGAUGCUGUUCUGGAUGGCUUAGCACGUGGAGACCAGAGCCGCUUGGAGGACAAAAGCCACGAGUUGUUCAAGGAGUUCGGCUUUGCACUGGACGUGCCGAUCUCGAAUGUAGAUGUUGGCUACGAGAAAGCCCUCAUGCCUAUGAUUAGACCUACUGACUUCUAUCAGCAUCUUGCGGAUCUGGGCAAGCUGAGCAUACUGUAUGCAGAGCAGGACACAGCUGUUCUCACCAAGUUCUGGGCCAGAUUUGCAAUCGUGGAGCCUUGGAAUACAAUCAACGAUUCUUUUGAGGCUGGACUGCUUGUGCCAGAGAGGACUAUCCCCUUGCUACUGCACGGGGAUGAGGCUCGGAGCAAGAAGCACCUUCCGAUGAUGGUAGUCAACACGCAUGGAAUUAUCGGAUAUGGAUGCAGAGCUUUCGAAAACUGGUUUCAGGAAGCUCCACUCAUGCGAGAUCAGGCUGGCGGGGUGAACUUGAAAGGUUCAGUGCUGGCGACCCGUUAUCUGCACUUCGUCAUGCUGAAGAAGAGCUAUGGUCCGGACAGCAUCUUCCUCGACCGGAUGUUUGAUGAGCUGGCGAAAGAUCUUGCCAGACUUCAUACGGAGGGCAUCUUGGUGAAUGGCGAGCGGUGGCAUCUGCCCGUCAUAGCUGCCACUGGGGAUUGGCAAUUCUUUGCUAAGGUGGGCCAUUUGACCCGUUGCUACACCCACGUUGCCAAACGGAGCGGCCAGAGGUCUCUCAACGGCAUCUGUCAUCUAUGUAUGGCUGGAACUGCAAAUGUUGGAUGGGACAACUUUGUGGAUGAUGCACCAUGGAAGCCGACUAUGGGCACGGAGGAUCCAUGGCUGGAAGCACCAAUGCUCAUCCGGCGACUGCACAAUGAUGCAUCCAACCCAGCAUCAUUCUUUAGGCCGGAUGUGUGGCAUUCUUUACAUCUUGGCUCUGGGAAAGCCUUGGUCUCCAGUGCCAUAGCAGAAUUUCUCCGUGUCAUCCCCGGCAACAACAUGCCCGAACGCUUCCGUUAUAUCGACAGCAGGGCACAGAGCUGGCUGCAAGGUCGCAACGACAAACUGUACUGUCGACACAUUUCCGAUGUGACCAUGGGCAUCGACAGUUUGCAGAAAGUGCCGCUUGGAGGAUGGCAGAAGGCAAGUGAUACAACGCUGUUGCUGGAAUUCUUGGAACACUUCUGCUCGACCCACUCCCAGUGGGCCGAGCAGGAUGCUGUUCUUCGCUGGAUUUGGGUGGCCGCCAGCAAUAUUAACUUGUGCAUCCGUACCCUCUAUCAAGGGGGCCUUUGGCUGGACCAGCAUCACGGCCAUACGGCUGCGACUUGCGGCCUCAACUUCUUGAAGGCCUACGGUCAUCUGGUUUCUCUGACUCUGGCGGCCAACCGAGACAGGUUCCCCGUGACGCCCAAGCUGCAUAUGCUACAUCAUCUCUUCCUGGCUCUCAAGACGGAUAGCAGCCGCCACUCAUGGGCAUUAAACAUGAUGGCAACAUCCGUCCAGCAGGACGAGACUUUUGUUGGCAUCCUUGGGCGGCAUUCGCGACGGGUUGGACCGGUGCACUGUGCCCUGCGAACAUUGCAGCGGUAUCUGUGCCACGCCGCCGAGCAGCUCACUCCGGAGUUUCGGCAGGUGUGA